ACAAACAAACAAACAAACACAAACUGUGAGAUGAUGCAAGGCGGUUAUGCAGAAUCACAGCGAGCGACAAAAUAAAUAAAUGGACCAACAGCCUUGGCCUGGUUCCACGGGAGGGGGCGGGGAACUGCGGGGCUCUGGUUUGGGAGAAGAGGCGCCCUUGAAACCAUCGAGUGCAUGGACAUGGAGGUUUUCAGAUUCCCCCGUCCAGGUAACUGAUAUGUGACCCCCACCCGCUAGGGGACCGCUGACAUGGUUCUGCGCAUCCUGCGAGUGCAUCCGGAUCCUUCCUGCCGCAGGGCCUUUGCCUGCGCUGUCCACCCUCUCAGAGAGCCCACGUCCAUACACCCCACACAGCUUCCUGUCUCCGGAUCCCUUCCAGGCAUUCCCUGCCGUGGGUUCGCGUGUGGCUGCUCGGGUCACCGAGCUCCUUCACACGCCGGUGUGGCCCUCCGUCUCCCCGCACUGCAGCCGAGUUCCGCCCCACCCUAUCUCCAUCACUUCUCCCGGCUCCUGCAUCCCGCUGCCCGUCUGUGGGGACCAGAAGUGGAGGGCACAUGGCUCGCGGUAAUCAACAGGAAAAAGGCCCCAGCACCCAGCCGUCCUCCACUUGGCCCCUCCCAGCGCCUGGGGCCAGCUACGCUGGGUAGUCCACCCCCAGGAUGGAGAGCUUCUCCAGCCUGGCCCUGGCCCCCACCACCCAGCUGCCUGAGCCUGCAGGAGGGGUCCCGGUGGGGCACAGCUGCUCCCAGCCCCGAGCCAGCCAGGGCCCCACAGCCGACGGCUGGCCCCAGGGCCCCGUCCCCAUGGCCACCGCUGCGGCUACCCGCCAGGAGGAUGGUCACAGCUGCCGAGAGAAGGUGACCAGGAACUCCAGGGACACAGGGGAGUGGCCAGCAACAUCAGCCUGCCGACCAGGACCCAGCUCCUGCAGCCCGGAGCCGGUGUCGCCGGGACCCCAGUGUCCUCCGCGGAAGUCCCAGGCGCAGCCCUCUGCCCAGCGGGCUUCGCAGAGGCCGCAGGCGCCACGCUCGCCGCCGGGCCCGGCGGGCUCUGAGCCGUGGGGUGGCCCAGUUUUGGGGCCCUGGGACCCCAGCUUCACCAGCGACGCGCUGCCGCUCCCGGACUCGAUGCCGAAGCCCCAGGCGGGCCCCAGGCCGCCCUCCACACACUACUGCGAGAUAUGCAGGGUCAGCUGCGCGGGGCCGCAGACCUACCGGGACCACCUGGAGGGGCAGAAGCACCGGAAGAAGCGGGAGGCCCAGAGGACGGGCGCGCGGCCCGGCGGGGGUCCCCGGGGGCCCCCCGGCCUGCACUGCGGCCUGUGCGGCGUGUCCUGCACCGGGGCGGACGCCUAUGCUGCGCACCUGAGGGGAGCCAGGCACCAGAAGGUCUUCAAGUUACACGCCAGGCUGGGGAAGCCCAUCCCCCCCGAGUCCGCACCACGGAGCGUCGCCUACACCCGAGGUCCGGACAGCACCCCCGAGGCCUCAGCCAGGCGUGAGGCGCCUGCCCGUCACAGCCCGCACGCCCCAGGCCGGCCAGCACCAGCCAAGGGAUCUACAGCAGCCUCGCGCAAGGGGCCGCCCGAGCCGCCGACGGCGCGCAGCCGACCCGGGGAGAGGGCGCCAUCGCACCCUGGGCUGGAGGCCACCAGGGGCGGCCCGGGGGACACCGAGGCGGUGGGCGCGGAGUACGUGGAGGAGGUGAGCAGCGACGAGGGGAAGGCGCCCCGCUUCCGCUGCCAGCUCUGCGAGUGCAGCUUCAACGACCGCCACGCCCGGGACCUGCACCUGAGCGGGCGCCGGCACCGGCUGCAGUACAGGAAGAAAGUGGACCCUAAGCUUCCGGUGGCCGCCCGGCCCAGCGGCCCCAUGCAGAGGGUGCUGGCCAAGAGGUUGCAGCGGCAGCGGCAGCUGGCACUGGCACGCCUGGAGGACGCUCGGCGCUGGAGCUCCGAGCUGAGGCAGCAGGAAGAGCACAGCAGACAGUCUGAGGAGCCCCCAGAGCCUCAGGUUGAGGAGCACACACCAGGGUUACCUGCCUGGGCCCUGCCGGCCGAUCCUGCCAGGCCAGGGGUGGCCGCCACCCGGCGCCAGCCGGUGCGCCGGCCAGAGAGCAGUGACGACCGUCACGUCAUGUGUAAGCACGCCUCCAUCUACCCCACGGAGGAGGAGCUGCAGGCCAUCCAGACCGCCGUGUCCCACACGGAGCGCGCCCUCAGGCUGGUGUCGGACACGCUGGCCGAGGAGAGCAGCCAGCAGGGCGCCCUGACGCCCCCGCCGCCUCGGAUGCUCAAGGGUGUGGUGCGGGUUGGCAUUCUGGCCAAGGGCCUGGUCCUGCGCGGGGACCACAGCGUGCAGCUCACGCUGCUGUGCUCCGGGAAGCCCACCCGCUCCCUGCUGCAGAGGGUCGAGCAGGAGCUGCCCCGGGAGCUGACGAUAGUGGCGGAGGACAAGUACGAGGUCUCUUCCGACUGUGACGCCAACAUCGUGAUCUCGGCGUGUGUGGAGCCGGGGGUGAAGGUCACCGUGUCCGCCACCUCACCGCUCAUGCGGGAAGAGCCCUCUGUGCAACAAGGGCCGAGAGACUCCCUGUGUGACCCCGAGGACGUCCUGGACCGGGAGAGGUGCCUGGAGACCCUGGCAGCCCUCCGCCAUGCUAAAUGGUUCCAGGCUCGAGCCAGUGGCCUGCAGCCGUGCGUGAUUGUCAUCAGGGUCCUGCUGGAGCUGCGGCGCUGUCUGCCUGCCUGGGGGGCCCUGCCUGCCUGGGCCACGGAGCUGCUGGUGGAGAAGGUUCUGAGCAGCGCGCCCCGGACCCUGAGCCCCGGCGGCGCCAUGCGGCGGGUCCUGGAGUAUGUGGCCACAGGCGCGCUCCUGGCAGAUGGCCCCGGGCUACAGGACCCCUGUGAGAAAGGCCCACAGGACGCCCUGGAGCCCAUGACCCCGCAGCAGCGAGAAGACCUGACGGCCAGCGCGCAGCGUGCCCUGCGGCUCGUGGCUUUCCGGCAGAUUCAUAAGGUCCUUCACAUGGAACAGUUACCUCCACGGACCAGAUUCGGGGCCCGCGCCCGGAAGAGGAUGAGGGAGGCUAGUCAGGCCCCGGAGGGCGCCGGGGACAGGAAACAGGGCCGGCAGGGCACAGUGGGGCUGCCGUGAGCCGGCUGUCACCCCCCAGCCUGCACAUCCACGCCUGCACGUGGGCGCCUCCCGCUGCUCCUCCAUCAUGGGACAUCUCUGCCAUCGUGCCUGUGGCUUUAUUCACAAUGCUGCCCCCCCCCGGCGUGACCCCCAUGCCUGUGGCUCUGUCAUCCCCUGCCCCCAAGCCAGGUCACAGUGAGCCCCGCUCCGUGACACUAAUUGCAACCUGAAACCCCCCCUCCUGUCUGAAGAGGCGGGUGGGAUCUGACACGCUUCUGUGAGGCGAGAGGAGGGCGGCCUGGAGGAUUCUUGAAGCCACAGAGUGGGCAUCGAGGAGCAGAGGGAAUGGGAUACCCCAUACCCCAAGCCCACCCAUAGCCUGCUCGCAGACCCCUUACUGCGCCCCAGCUGUGGGGACACAUCUGGGGCCCCUGGAUCGCUCACCCCACGGUGGAGCCCCGGCCCCAGCCAGAGUGCCUUCCACAGGCGGGGCGCAGCUCUGCCCCAUCGGGCCUCCCGACCCCCUAGGUAGGACCCUGAGGCUUCAGCCCUGCUCCAUCCCGCCUGUGGCUUUCGAAGGCCAGCGCACACCUGCUCUCUACAACCCUCCGGAACUCGGCCGGGGCCGGGAAUAAAGCGGAUCUGCCAGUG